AUGAAGCACCUUGCUCAUAGUCUCCAUCUAGAUUGGACUUCUUGGCGGCUGGUGAAAGGGGGUUCUCCGGUUGCGCAUGCGCUCGGCGUGGACCGAGAUAUGCUCGGCUUCGUGGAUUUAGUCGACUUGACGCUGCAUCUCAUCCUCUGGCAGGACAGGCUCAGGGCGGAGCAAGAGAAGGACGUCAACUAUGAAGGCGGCGUGGACUUGUGGAAGGCGACCGCGGGGAGUGAUCACCGGCAACAGCUCGAAUUCAUCUCCCAUCACUGGGGCUACUAUAGGGGAAGGCUGCAUGAGAUGUGGACUGAGGGGUUCCGUAGAGUGAUACAUGAGAAUGCCUGGUCUCGCCCGUCAUGGAAGCGACCGGACUGGAAGGCCUACGCCAUAGUCUGGUGUGAACCACAACUGCGUAACAUUCUCUCCAUGGUAACGAGUCCAGAGGCGCAUUCUACAAUGCGAGCUGCGGUCCAUCAUUAUCUAGACCCUGCGGCGGUAUCUCGACUCGACGAGUGCCGGCCACCGGUCCACCGGUUCGAUCGCCCCUUCAUGAAGCCGACUCAAUCCGAGGACGAUAUUUGCCCCAUUUGCCGGGGGGAGCUAGAGCCGGACAGUGGCGAUUUUGUCUGGUGUAAAACACAGUGCGGCGCUACGUAUCACGCACUGUGUUUUGAGCAACAGCGUUCGUGUUCAUGCCGGAAGCUGGAGCGGGGAGACUAG